AUGUUUCCUCAUAAUUUCAAUCCUAACGACACGAAAUAUCAUUCAUGCUGUUGCCAUGUGAAAACCUUUACAAUACUUUCCGGUAUUCUGGAAAUCUUACUUAUGUGUCCUCUGGUUAUCACAGGUAUUUUCUCGCAAUCAUUAUUCGCUCCAUUAAAUAAUAAUCUAAAGUUAGUAUCAGACCCAAGAUGUUUUUGA